GCCAGAUCGCCAGUCUGGAAAACUCCAGGGAACAAACACUUCUGGGAAGCCAGAACUACCCUGGAGAGGGAGCCCCCACCCCAGCGCUCACCCAGCACCUGAAAGCACCCUGCUCAGGGCUCUGCUUCAGGAAGCUGCCACCUUCUUCCCUUGAGACGACACCUGCUCUCCAAAGCCAGAGAUGACCAAGGAGGAGCACGAGGUGGCCGUGCUGGGGGCUCCCCAGGUCUCAGCACCCGUGACAACCACCGUGGUCAACAUCCAGCCCGAGACCGCCGUGCCCGACCACAUCGUCUGGUCCCUGUUCAACACGCUCUUCUUCAACGUCUGCUGCCUGGGCUUCGUGGCGUUCGCCUACUCUGUGAAGUCUAGGGACCGGAAGAUGGUGGGUGACGUGACUGGGGCCCAGAGCUACGCGUCCACUGCCAAGUGCCUGAACAUCAUGACACUGGUCCUGGGCCUCCUUGGGACCGUAGGGUUCAUUGUUUUUCUGGCCUUGGUGGUCUUCCCGACAGUCAGCUAUGCAAUAACACAGGCCAUGCAGAACCACGGAGGCUACUAGGCGCUGCCCUCAGCAGGGGGACCCCGUCUCCCCACCCCCUCCCGGCUCUGCCGCACCCCCCCCAAUCACACAGCACUGUGUUCGGAGGUGGCUGAACCCACUGAACCCAAUAAAAUGCACUUGGAAGUGACAAUGUGGACGUCUCACUCAUGCGUGGAAUCGAAGGAACUGACCGGACUAACACCAGAUAAGGACAGACUGAUAGAGAGCAGGCUGCCAGCGCUGGGGGGUUGCUCGGGCCGGGGUGGGUAGAGGUGGAAGAGGGCAAAAGAGUGAUAAAUAGGAAGGGGAAAAUACAAUAAAAUGAACUAUGAAAAUAGAUUUCAGUAAAGUGCAAAUGAAAGUAAAACUGAGGCCCGCGCUCCCUGUCCUCGCCCUGCACGGGCCUCCCCGAACUCUCGCCCCCAAACCCCGAGGUGUGGGAACACGGCCGACCUUUGCGGCGGCCGCACAGCCGCGGUGUGGGCUGCAGAGCAGCCGGUCUCUGGGGCUGCAGGUGAGUUCUGUGUGACAACCAGGAGGGCCCCUGCGUGGGGCCAGCGACACGCACAAAACCACGCCGUCCAGUAUAACCAGACGCAGAGGAGAUUUCAGAGGGAGCCGACCGAGAGACCUCAGCUCUGACCGGCAGCCGCACCCAGAACCAGAACCUGGGAGCCCGUGCACACAAGGCCCAGGACCCAGGGCCGGGCCAGACUCGGACCUGUGCCACCCUGAGAACCAGAGGGUCUGCGGUCCAGGCGAAUGCCCGGACACGAAACGGCCACGCCGCUGAGCCCUCCAGCGAUAACUCGCCAGCCUGCCUGCUCCCACCCCCUUAGCACCCUGAAGCUCAUCCGGUGAGCGGGGCAGAGCUGGAAACUCUGGGUCUCCCCGCUUCCGGGCGCUGCCCUCUCAAGCCAGGAGACCUCUCCAGCUCCCAACUGCCCUUCUGAGAUCUGGCCUUUCAGAGCCUCGGGCAUGCACACAGGGACUCCUUACACCUGUAAGUUCUGGGCUGGGACAGGCCUGUGUUAAAAGCAGACUAACAGCAGGGGCCCCGAGUUUAACGACUUUGGCACACACCUGAGAGACCCAGAAAACUGGCAGUCUCAGGAAAGGUCCCAGCCACCACCUUGAACAGCAUUGCCAGGGAAUGCAGGGCAUUGACUGGUGGGGGCGGGGGCAGGCCCUGGAGGCCAGUUAUGGGGCGUGACCGGGAAAAGCCCAGGAAGUGGGGGUGUUAGCGACAGCGACUCUCCAUCUUCGGCACUGACAACGGCCUCAGAGUGCAGGCCCCCUCACCUGGUACAGAGGAGACUCCCCGAAAGUGUCAAGACUUCUGUUUAGGGCAUUUCCACUUUGUUUCAGAGCUCCAGGCUUUUUAACAACAAUAAAGCCUAAAAUAAUCCUUA